AAUACCGUAUGUCUGGGGGGGACUUUCAAAUGCCCUGAGAGCAGAAGCAAUUCUUCUCUCCAGAACACUAAGGGCGGACCCAUCGAGUAGAGCGAGUGUGUGGGAAUAAUAGUCGCUGCUGGGCAAAAUCCGGUUCCAAGUCCGAGAUCAAUCAAUCAGUCAAUCAAUCCAAUUCUUCCUUAUUCUCUUCUUCUUCUUCGCCAAGCGAAUCCAACCUAUAGACUCCCAUUCAACAUGCAUAUAUUGGUGGUCAACGACGAUGGACCGCCGUCCCGCCGGCUGUCGCCAUACAUCGAGCCACUAGUGACGGCGCUCGAGUCCGCCGGCCACCGCAUCUCCGUGGCCAUUCCCGCCGCCUCCCGCUCCUGGAUCGGCAAGGCCCAUUUGAUCGAAGCCUCUCUGAAAGCCACCUACGUGCCCUUGGCCGCCUUCCGCGGCGACGGCACCUGGGACGACUCCUACCCAGCCGACGAUGAAGCCUCCGACUCCCCCUCUGACUCCCGCGACUGGGUCGUGAUCACCAACGGCACUCCCGCCAGCUGCGUCCAGCUCGGCCUACACAACCUCUUCGCCGACCGCGGCCCCAUCGAUCUGGUGAUCUCCGGCCCCAACCACGGCCGCAACGCCUCCACCAUCUACAACCUCUCGUCCGGCACCGUCGGCGGCGCCCUAGAGGCUGCCACGUGCGGCAAGCGCGGAAUUGCCAUCUCCUUCGGCAGCAAAGACGAACAGCCCCUCGACAUCAUCCAUGCCGCGGCCCGUCUCGCCGUCCGUGUCGUCAACCAUCUGAUCCGCAACUGGGAUGACCAGGUCGAACUCUACAAUGUGAACGUGCCCAUGCGCGCUGACGUCGAAUCCAGACCUGUUGUCUGGACCCGCACUUAUCCGUAUUACUGGGCUCGAGGAUACUUGUACUCGGAGGUGUCGAGUGAUAAGGCUCCUGUUUUGACGAACGGUCACACCACCACCACCACCACCUCUACUAGUGAAGAAACCAACGGAGACGUCAAUGGCACCACCACCACCACCCCUUCAAAGACACCGACACCCAAACGCUCCGGUCUCAAACAGCGUGAUUUCGCCUGGGCCGCCGAGUUAUCCGAUAUGAAGAAGGCGUUGCAGGAGAGUGCCGAAGGAACGGAUGCGCACACCGUGUUGAGUGGGAAUACCAGUGUCACCGCCCUACGCGCCAACUUCUGGCACGUACCUGGCCUAGAAGGCCUAUUGCAUUUGGAUGAUGCAUGAUGACUGACUGACUGACUGAUGGAAUGGAACGUUCGGCUUGAUGGUUGGAUGAAAUCGUAUAUGUGAUCAGGAUCUGUCCUACUCCUACUACUACUACUACUACUACUAUUACUACUACUACUACCUAGAUACCCGCAAAGGUUCAUGUUUUGCUACCUCUUAGGUUUCUUGAAAUCUAUGACUGAGUUUUAUCUUUCUAUUAUUCUCGGUGGAAGUGGGGGUAUGCUUUUAUUUUUAUUUUU